AUGCUGGACGAGUGGCUCUGUGCAUGUCCCGAGCUAUAUUCGGUCGCGGCAAUGCGCUUGCGUCCCGAUAUAGGGGUUCCAUUGAAAUUGCUCAAGUCAAACCAAAUUCGCGAGCUAGCUGUCGUGAGCUGUAACGUCUGCGAAAGGGAUGCCAAACUCUGCCUCAUCUCAGCGUCGAUGAUCCGCCGUCUAUACGUUUCCGUAAAGUUCUUCCACCAAACGCACUCACUACUACCAAUGGAUAUCGAAGAACUGAAGGUCUAUUACGAGCACCGGACCGACGCAUAUAAUUCGUCCUUUGCCGAUUAUUUUGCCAGAGGCCCAAGAAUCGGGCGCCUCGUUCUUCAGCCCAAGUGGUGUAUUUGGUAUAGUCGCAGAGCUCAGGCAUACUGGCUUGAACUUCAGAAGAUGUGCGAGGGUCACGGUGUACCAGUAGUUGCUCACGAGGUCUGGACAUACUACAGAGUACCUCUUGCAGAAAAGAGAGCCGCAUCUGCUUGUUUCCUAACCGGCUCGACGGCGCUACCCGCCGAAGUAGAGUCUGGAAUUGCUGCCCUGUCCAAGGUGGUCACCUGUAACACCUCGAAACAAUCCGUUUCCGGUGUUCCUCUCGUCAGCUCUGGUGGCAUCAGUUUCGACACCAUCAACUUUCAGAAGAGCACUAAGUCGCCCCUCGGAUUCGCACUUCAAACUUUCACGACUCCGAGCGAUCCAGCAACUGCCGACCUCAAUAAGCUCCAGAGUCAACUGAACGACUACCUCGCGGUCGAGGCCGGUGUGCGGAGCAACGGUGGCGGCGGAAGUCUCCUCACGCAGGUCAAGUCGGUCAAAUUCUUCCUGCAAUUCCAGAUUGCUCGCGUAAAAACGGCCAAAGGACAGACACUUUCUGUCGCAGAUACUGUUUCGCACCAGCAAGGAAAGGUCGUCAAGAACGCGAUAGGCGCAACAGCAGCCGAGAUUGCUCAAGUGAACGCAUUGGCCACUCAGGUUUAA